GCAGAGAAGUUUGCGCCUACGGCUGCCGCGCGGGCUCAUCUAAUUGCAGCUCCGCGCUGAGAGCUGUAGUCGGCGUGCGCUCUCGCCCCGCCCUGAUUAGUGUGGAGCCCGCCGGCCGGGCCUGCGCAGUCGCGGCGGCCGGGGAAGAUGGUGGAGGACGGCGCGGAGGAGCUUGAGGACCUGGUGCACUUCUCAGUGUCCGAGUUGCCUAGUCGCGGCUACGGCGUCAUGGAGGAGAUCCGACGGCAGGGCAAACUGUGCGACGUGACGCUCAAGAUCGGGGACCACAAGUUCAGUGCCCACCGAAUCGUCCUAGCAGCGUCCAUCCCAUACUUCCACGCUAUGUUUACCAAUGACAUGAUGGAGUGCAAGCAGGAUGAGAUUGUCAUGCAGGGGAUGGACCCGAGUGCCCUGGAAGCUCUCAUCAACUUCGCCUACAAUGGCAACCUGGCCAUCGACCAGCAGAAUGUGCAGUCGCUGCUGAUGGGGGCAAGCUUCCUGCAGCUGCAAAGCAUCAAAGACGCCUGCUGCACGUUCCUCCGAGAGCGGCUCCACCCCAAGAACUGCCUGGGUGUGCGCCAGUUCGCCGAGACGAUGAUGUGUGCCGUGCUGUAUGACGCGGCGAACAGCUUCAUCCACCAGCACUUUGUGGAGGUGUCCAUGUCAGAGGAGUUCCUGGCCCUGCCAGCAGAGGAUGUGCUUGAGCUCGUGUCCCGGGAUGAGCUGAAUGUGAAGUCAGAGGAGCAGGUCUUCGAAGCCGCCUUGGCCUGGGUCAGAUAUGACCGGGAGCAGAGGGGACCCUGCCUGCCUGAGCUGCUGUCCAACAUCCGCCUGCCUCUCUGCAGCCCUCAGUUCCUGUCCGAUCGAGUGCAGCAGGAUGACCUGGUCCGCUGCUGCCACAAGUGCAGGGAUCUGGUGGAUGAAGCAAAGGACUAUCACCUCAUGCCUGAGCGGCGGCCCCACCUCCCAGCCUUCAGAACCCGGCCUCGAUGCUGCACGUCCAUCGCUGGGCUGAUCUACGCUGUGGGGGGCCUCAACUCAGCAGCACAUUUUUAUGCAGGUGAUUCCCUGAAUGUGGUGGAAGUGUUCGACCCCAUUGCCAACCGCUGGGCAAAGUGCCAUCCCAUGACGACAGCCCGCAGCCGGGUGGGCGUGGCCGUGGUGAACGGGCUGCUCUAUGCCAUUGGUGGCUAUGACGGCCAGCGGCGGCUGAGCACGGUGGAGGCUUACAACCCGGAGACAGAUACGUGGACCCGAGUAGGCAGCAUGAACAGCAAGAGAAGCGCCAUGGGGACUGUUGUGCUGGAUGGGCAGAUCUACGUCUGUGGGGGCUAUGAUGGCAACUCCUCCCUCAACUCCGUGGAGACCUACUCGCCCGAGACAGACAAGUGGACAGUGGUGACCCCAAUGAGUGCGAACCGCAGUGCCGCUGGCGUCACAAUCUUCGAGGGCAGGAUCUACGUGUCGGGCGGCCAUGACGGCCUGCAGAUCUUCAGCAGCGUGGAACACUACAACCACCACACGGCCACCUGGCACCCAGCCGCCGGGCUGCUCAACAAGCGCUGCCGGCACGGCGCUGCCUCUCUGGGCAGCAGGAUGUUCGUGUGCGGGGGCUACGAUGGCUCCGGCUUUCUGAGCAUCGCCGAGGCGUACAGCUCCGUGGCGGACCAAUGGUGCCUCAUCGUCCCCAUGCACACUCGUCGCAGCCGGGUUUCCCUUGUGGCCAGCUGUGGCCGCCUCUAUGCGGUGGGUGGCUAUGACGGACAGUCAAACCUGAGCUCUGUGGAGAUGUAUGAUCCUGAGACGGACCACUGGACGUUCAUGGCCCCCAUGGCGUGCCAUGAGGGCGGGGUGGGCGUGGGCUGCAUCCCUCUCCUCACCAUCUAAGGCUCAGGAUGGGACGAAGCGGGGUAGGGAUCUGGUACACACCUGGGUGCUUCCAUCCGGGCCAAGCCCUCCUGGGAGAGGUGGGGGACCAGGACCAGAAGACGGGGUGACACGCGAGCUUGCCAGAGGGAUGGCUGCUCCAGGUGCUGACAUCCUCCUCCCUGUGCUGCCCUUGUGACCUGAGAUCAUCAAGGUACACAGCCUGAGACAGAAGCCCCUCGGGGCCCACAGCAGUGACACAGACACAGGCUCUGGCAGAGCCAGCUCCCGCUCACUGCAGCACCAGGGACCACCGAGGUGCAGCCGUCUGCCAUAGGGAGGCUGGAGGGGUGCGUCGUGUGGGGCACCGCAGGGUGCAGUUGGAGAGAUGGGGUGCGCCCUGAGUAUCUGCCUGCCUGUGAAGAUGUGGCCACCACAGCAGCAGCUGCCACCAGGGGGCACAGAAGAAAGGUUCUGUCCUCACCUCUUGGGUAAGCAGGGAGGACCCUGGUCUUCCCUUGUCUAAUUUUGGGAUUUCAGUAAGGUCUUUCCAUCUUGUCCAGGAGAAACAGAAGGGAAAAGAGAUACUUGAAAGAACCCGAAGGAAUAAAACACUUGAAAGAAACUGGAAAGAAAAAUAUUUUAAGUGAAUUUUUUUUUCCAGGCAGAAAACAUAAAGGACACUAAAAGCAAAUACGUGUUUCAGUGACAAAGCCAUCAGACAUGGGACGGCCGUGUCCACUCCUACAUCUGAGUCCCAGGGUCCCAGGGCCUCAAGAAGCAUGGGGUCCCCUCUAAGCCCCUCGUGCCCGGCCCUGCAGCCAGGUGCUCUUGGUUUGUCUCCACACCCACCAUUGGAGGACCUUCCGAGCCAGAGGCUGGGCGAGUCGGCUGAGUUACUGCCUCUCCUAGGUGGGAGCUCUGGGCGCCCCCGGGACCCCUCCCACUGCCACCACACACACGCUUAGCCUCCACCCCUGCCUCCAUUCCUUCCCUUUGGGACCAGCGGGAAACAGCACAUCUGGCCAGACCUGCACCUACGGGCCAUCACUCCUGGACACUGCCCUUCAUUGUGAUGCCCCUAGACACCGUACCCCUUUGUUCUUCUGGAACCCACCUGGAAGUUUGCUCCUCCCACAGUCUGGGUAAGGCCACCCUUGCCUACCCUACCAUCCACUGCUCCUCGUCCAUGCGCCACCUCCAAGGGUCUGACCUCCCCCCAGCCCUUGGCUGCCCGACCAGCAAAGUGAACCUUUCCUUCCAAACGAAUCUGUUGUUAGGGUCCAAAGAACUGAAGGCCGAAAGAAUCCUUUGCUGCUGCAAAGAACGGAUUUUAUUUCUUCCUCUAAUCUCAGCAAAUGACCUCAUGAAGAGACUCCAUGUUCCUCCCUCCUCCCUGGAUGGGACCUGCCUGUCACACUGCAGGACAUGAGGAGGACAUUUUGUUACCAUUGCACUGGGCAGUGGAGCUGUCCUUCAACUGCUGCCAAAAUCUGCUUUUAUAAAUUCUUCCAGUAGAGACUCAGAGAGUACUCAAUUCCUUUUUGCCCAAGACCGAGCCUUAGGGUUCCCCUUGCCGCCCAGUUGGUUUCCAUGCUUUGCUGCCUGCCUGCACUGUGCACUGGACCAGCCGGGAGCCUGUUUGGAAAGGUAUAGGGCAGCAGUGCCCCCCUCCCCAGGACCACUAGAUUCACCAGUAUCCAAGCCCGGUGGCUGUGGAGCCCGAGGGAAGGACCCUUGUUACAGCUUAGCAACUGGGCCUCUUACAAGCUCUUGGAAAUGAUGCUUUCAUUUUAAGGCUCAGCAGCUUCCGAGCUGAGAAUUGAACCCAGCUGGCUCUCAGUUUGCUUCCAGGGGUGGACUCAGAGGAAGGGGACCCAUUUCCUGCCUGGAGGAGCCAGCAGCACCCACUCCCUCACUGGGAGCCCCUCACUUCCCUUGCAACUCUUGAAGACCAGCAGUGGGCACCCGAGCAAGCUGGCCUUACAGGUCUUUGGGCACUGGCCCUCUCAACACUGAGGACCAUGCGGUGCUUUUCCCAUGUGUUCCUAGGGUGGCCUCCCUGGGCCUACCACCCGCUGGAGAGGCUGAAGAGGAUGCACUGUGCCUGAGACCAGUGUCUUUUUCCAAGGACGAAGCCGGAACUCUGAUUUGGGCUCUGCGCACAGUUUCUUGAACCAACCCAGAAGCAGAAUCAGAGCGCCCCGGCUGGUCCUGGACAGCUGCGCGCAGUGACCACUCAGCCACCUUAGAUAGGAUUGGAGACCAUGGGCAGGAUGCGGCCCAGUGCCCAGGGACAUCGUGCUCUGUGGCCUCAGGUGCAGCCCAGCUUGAGCAGAGGACACCAGUGCUCACUGUUCUUGUCACUUUGCCCCUUUGGAUGACACAGCUUUCUCUUCUGAGGUCACCUGACAUCACAGCCAGAGAGAGCUGAAGACUAGCCCUGUAACCCCGAGAUGUGACUAAGUCAGAAACCCCCCCCCCAUUUAUUGUUUCACAGAAAAUCCUUUAUUUAUAGAAUGCAUGUCAUUUGUUUAAGAAACCAAAGAGAAGAAAAUAAAGAGAACACUCCUAAUA